AUGGCGUCGGUCAAGCCGUACCGCGACGAGCUCCUUCGGCGCAUCCGAGCGGCAAAGGCGAUGCUGCCAUCCCUCCAGGAGGCCAAUCCACACGCGACGUUCAGCCACUUGACCAAGUUUGCACUGCUCACGGACGAAGAGUUUGUGCGGUUCGCAAUGGUCUCGGCAAGGCCAUUGCCGGAGCGCUUGUCGUCCGCCACCCGGACGAAUCAUACGGCUCUCGGUGGCCCCGUCGUCAAGGCAGUCGAUUGGACCAAGCAGUCGAUUUGUGUGCCGCCAGUCAAGACCAUGGGCAAGUGUCGGAGCCAUUGGGCGAUCGCCGCGGCAGCGGUCGUGUCCUCGGCGCACUGUCUCGCGACCGGCGAGGCCAUCGACCUCUCGGAGCAGCAAGUACUGAGCUGCACGACGCCCGGAGGCGCCAACGGCUGCCGCGGUGGCUUUGCGACCACGGCCCACUCGGUGUGCUCGCGAUCGGCGAUCCCAUACGUCUCGGGCGCCUCGGGCUCGGUGUCGAUCUGCAGCGACAACUCCAAGUGCGACGGGUCCAUCUCGCUCCAAGUCGGGAACGUCUUCGAAGCCAGCGGAGACGACGCGCUCGUCGAGCAGCUCCAGAAGCAGCCGGUUGUGGCGUACGUCACGACGUCCAACAUCUCGUGGCGACUGUACGCUGGCGGCGUCAUUUCCUGGUGCCCCGCCGGGUACCCGGACCAACCAGGCGGCCAAGCCGUUCUCGUCAUUGGCUACGGCACCCAAGACACUGGCUUCGGCUCGGCGCCCAUUGACUUUUUCAAGGUGCGCAACGCGUGGGGCUUCAACUGGGGCGAAGCUGGCGACAUCCGGCUCGCACGCGGCGACCGACAUCGCGGAACGUGCGAGGUCACAACGCACCUCUCGUACCCGACGCUCCAGCUUCCAGCAGCCAUUCGUGCGUCCAUGACGCCAACAACCGUCGACGCGCGCAGUGGCUUCACGCCGUCCGACAGUCUGCGCCAGCUCGAGAUCCAAGCCAAUGAAAUCUUUGACGUGUACCGCGAGAUGUACUACCAAGGUGGCAUCUCGUCCGUCUACAAGUGGGACUUGGAGCCGGGCUUUGCCGCGUGCUUUCUCAUCAAGAAGGACGUGCACCAGCAGCGGUACCGCCUCCUUGAUCGCAGUAGCAUUCACGUAACGACGACGCUAUCCGCGAGAGAAGCCGUGUACGAGCUCACGACAAAGAUCCUCGUGACAAUGGACGUCAACCGCAACGAGCUCGGCCACUUGAACCUCGACGGCAACUUGACACGGCAAACGGAGAAGGUCCUGCCCUUUGACAUCCCCAGCGCGCACCUCACCAGCAUGGGCCACCUCAUUGAGGACAUGGAGAUCGAGAUGCGGUCGAGCCUUGACCGCGUCUACAUCUCCAAGACACGCAAAGUGAUCAACGGCAUCCGAAAGCUCAAGCACGGGUAUGCCUAG